UUGCUUAAAGAUUCGAUCUUUCGCGGCGCCGCCCGGCUAUUUGUUCGCACGGAUCGGGUGGCUACUCCGCGCUUGCCGCCGCCAGUCCACCACCGCCACCGCGCGUCCGUCCCAGAGUUCGUCGGUUGGCCAUGGCCGUCGUGGUGUGCGUCACCGGCGCCGGCGGCUUCAUCGGGUCGUGGAUAGUCAAGCUCCUCCUCGCCCGCGGGUACGCCGUCCGGGGAACCUCACGCCGCGCCGAUGACCCCAAGAAUGCGCACCUGUGGGCUCUCGACGGCGCAGCGGAGCGGCUGACGAUGCUGCAGGUGGACCUGCUCGACCGGGCCAGCCUCCGCGCCGCCUUCGACGGCUGCGACGGCGUCAUCCACACCGCCUCGCCGAUGCACGACAACCCUGUAAGUGCCACCACUGGUAUGAGCUCAGAUCUCCCUCGAUAUAACGGAAAGAUUACUGAAGUUUCUUGGCAGGAGGAGAUCAUCGAGCCGAUCAUCGCCGGGACACGGAACGUUGUCGAGGCCGCCGCCGACGCCGGCGUGCGGCGCGUGGUGCUGUCCUCCACCAUCGGCACCAUGUACAUGGACCCGCGCCGCGAUCCCGACGCGCCCCUCGACGAGUCGAGCUGGAGCGACCUCGAGUACUGCAAGAGCACCAAGAACUGGUACUGCUACGCGAAGACGAUCGCGGAGCGGGGCGCGUGGGAAGCGGCGCGGGCGCGGGGACUGGACCUGGCGGUGGUCAUCCCGGUGGUGGUGCUCGGCGAGCUGCUGCAGCCAAGCAUGAACACCAGCACCCUGCACAUACUCAAGUACCUCACCGGCGAGGCCAAGGCGUACGUCAACGAGUCGCACGCGUACGUGCAAGUCAAGGACGCCGCCGAGGCGCACGUCAGGGUGCUCCUAGAGCCCCGGGCCGGCGGGCGGCGGUACGUCUGCGCUGAACGCACGCUGCACCGCGGCGAGCUGUGCCGCAUCCUCGCCCAGCUCUUCCCUGAGUACCCAAUUCCGACGAGGUGCAAAGAUGAGGUAAAUCCACCAAAGAAGGGUUACAAGUUUACAAACCAGCCUCUGAAGGACCUGGGAAUCAAGUUCACACCGGUGCAUGAAUACCUCUAUGAAGCAGUGAAAUCCCUGCAAGAAAAAGGAUUCCUCCAGAAGACCUCUGGCACCAAGGUAUCCGAAAGAUGGAGUUCGCCGCCUCAAAAAUUGCUGCCGCACACAUUGAUUUCAAAACUCUGAUAGAUUUGCGCACACAUUGACAAUGUAAUCCGCUAAGUAGUCCAUUUGAUUGGUUCCAUUUUGGCAGUCGGUUCUUGAAUGUAGCAAAAUGCCUUGUAUGUGUAGCAUCCUGUUGUUCUUGCACUACACUUGGUGCAACAGCAGUAUAGAGCAGUUUCAGUGAUGAUACUAAAGAAUUUUCCCAA